AUGAUCGGCUGGAUAAUGGUCACUCUCGUCACUCAAUGGUUCGUGAUCUUUUUCGAGGCGAAAGAAGUUUGCGCCGAUUUUUUGGUCCAAGGAGACUUGACAGACGAACAGUUCAAAACUCGACAGCGGUGGGUCAAGACACUCGAAGACGUGAUGUAUGUCAUGAAAACAGAAGGAACUAUUUUCAUCUUUGAGUGGAUGUUCGUGCUCAACGGUUCGUUCAAAAUCUUCACUCCAAAUCCGGAAUUCACGAAGUUCGAACAGAGUCAUGAAAAACUGGGUGUUUCGGUGCCGCUAUUCAGAAGAUUUACUUGGCACUUGUUUUUUUCAGGGCUUCAAUCGACCCGAAUUGCUGUUAUGGUUGUUCAAGUGAUCAAGAAAACGCGACUAUGGGCAUAUUUGACGAUGGGAAUGUGUUUGUUGAACACUUAUCUCGGCCUGGCCUGCAUCGGGGUCAUCGUGUACUACGCGUUUACGCAGCCGGAAAAGGCGAUCCGCAAACGCCGCUGUCACAACGACGAGGACGACGGACUCAUGAACUUCAGCUCGAUUGCGGUUUAUUUAAAUAUCUCCUACCACUUGAUUGUUGGCGCGUACUACUCCAUGUUCGCAACGGAAAAGGAACGCGAACAAUGCGCGAAUUUGAUGACUGGCACUCCUCAGGAUGAAGGAUUCGAACGAGCAAGCGAGAAUUUUUACUCGACAGAGAUGGCGUAUGUGGAGAGAGUCAGGAGAAGUGAAGGAGGUGGAGAAGGCGAAAGUCAAGUUGCUCUUCUUGAAGCAAGCUCGGCGGAUGUCCUGGCUUUCGGGAUUUUCUACGACUUCUACUACCUCGGCGAGCUGCUUCUCGUGACUCUGCAGACAAUCAUGAUCAUGUACUUGCGCCGUUCGCGGCUGGUGAUUGGAAUUCCGAAACUCAAAUUCUGGCUCUUUGGACUCAUGUAUUACAACUGCUCUGAUUGGAUUUCAAUUGCUUGGAUCGCGGAAGAAAACCCUGGCAUUAGGCCGAUGGAUGUCUGCGGCGAUUUUCUAUCCAAGGGUGUGAUUCAUCUUCUGCUGACGGUUGUUUUAUUCUACCGCUUCACCGCUUGGCGACUCCUCAAUCGGUCCAUCUGCAGAGCGGUAGACGAAGAAGACGAGGACUAA